AAAACGCAUAUUCUGCCUAUCCAUAUUGAGCGUCACAUACAACUCAGUCGUUGAACAUAAACAGAAGGUUUGAAAUUCGACAAAUUCAGUUUUCAGUUUCGGCCAGAGAUAGGAAAUCCUGCCAGCGGAGAGUGGGACAAUGGAGGAGUACUCGCGGGAGCCGUGUCCCCAUCGCAUCGUCGACGAUUGCGGAGGAGCCUUUGCCAUGGGCUGCAUCGGGGGCGGAGUCUUCCAGGGACUCAAGGGAUUCCGGAACGCACCGCAAGGCAUAGGACGCAGGGUCGCCGGCAGUGUGGCCGCCAUCAAGACCAAGUCUCCGGUGAUAGCUGGAAGCUUCGCCGCCUGGGGCGCAGUGUUCAGCAUUGUGGACUGCAGCCUGGUCCACUUGCGGCAGAAGGAGGAUCCCUGGAACUCGAUAGUGAGCGGAGCAGUUACCGGCGGAGUCCUGGCCUCCCGCAACGGACUGGCUGCCAUGGCAGGAAGUGCCAUCAUCGGGGGCGUGCUGCUCUCCAUGAUCGAGGGCGUGGGCAUAUUGUUCACACGCUUCACGGCGGACCAGUUCCGAAAUCCUGCACCGCCGACCAUGUCCGAGGCCAGUGGAGGAUUCGGCGACUUCGACUCCUCAUCCGGAUUUGGGUUUCCGGGUGUUCAGCAGGCCACUGCAACAAGCUAAAUUCCUAUGUUUCUUCUCUGGGAAUGUAAUCACAUUUUUUGAUUUUCACAAGUGCUAGAUUUCAUACCGUGAGAUUUAGCAAAAAUAAGUUAAUCGCGAUGUACAGCAAUAUUCCAUUUGAGAAUAAUCCAUAAAAAUAAAAUAACGACAAAAUUACA